AUGGCAAAACUAUUGUGUUCGUAUCUGUUCAUCUCCAUGUUUGUAUUCUCAGCUUUUUUGGCUUUGCCAAGUGCAGAGGGAGCGUAUAUUAAAAGAUGUGUUGUGAACGUGAACCUUCACAAGCCAUGCAGUUUUAAAGAAUGCAUACCGGUUUGUCUUAAAAAGUACAAUGGGAAUGGCAUUUGUACCGGAGAUAACAACAAAAUUUGCACUUGCGCUUACAAUUGUUAA